CUUGGUCGUUACUGGUCACUGUCAGCCUGUUGUUAAAGCGAUGUGUUCCGCCUUCUGAUGCGCGGUUGUGUUCCCAUUGAGUUUCAUUUUAACCGGACAUCAAAUGUAUCGAAAAUAGCGUGCCAACGUAAGAACAUUAGGACCAACAAGGGCAGGAUGCAGUCUUCAAACCACCGACUACGCGAUAUGGAGCAGCACCACCCGCUGCUGUCGGCUACAGCUGACGUGGAGACCGGGAGCCUUGCAGCUGGCGUGAUGGUUGGCGGCCCCCACUCGGGCCACACAUCUGCCAACCGUACACUGUGGUUCAUCCAGGACAGCUGUGGCAUGGUGUGCGCGACCAUGACCUGGUUCCUUGUUCUCUACGCUGACUUUGUGGUGAACUUUGUGAUGCUGCUGCCCGCCAAGAGCUUCUGGUACUCGGUCCUGAACGGGGCCACCUUCAACUCGCUAGCUGUCCUCGCACUGGCCUCGCACCUGCGCACUAUGUUGACAGACCCGGGUGCUGUGCCUAAGGGCAAUGCAACAAAGGAGUACAUGGAGAGCUUACAACUGAAACCUGGUGAGGUCAUCUACAAGUGCCCAAAGUGCUGUAGCAUCAAGCCUGAGAGGGCACACCACUGCAGUAUUUGUAAAAGAUGCAUCAAAAAGAUGGAUCAUCACUGUCCCUGGGUCAAUAACUGUGUGGGAGAAAAGAAUCAGAGAUUCUUUGUUCUCUUUACUAUGUACAUAGCCUUGAUUUCUGCCCAUGCCCUUGGCCUCAGUGGCAUGCACUUCUUUACAUGUAUUAAAGUCCAGUGGAAUGAGUGUAGUACCUUCUCUCCUGGAGUGUCUGUCCUGCUGCUGAUCUUCCUCUGUCUGGAAGCCAUCCUCUUCCUCACUUUCACAGCUGUAAUGUUUGGCACCCAGAUCCAUUCCAUCUGCAACGACGAGACGGAGAUUGAACGUCUUAAAAAUGAAAAACCGACAUGGGAGCGUCAUGUGAGGUGGGACGGAAUGAAGGCUGUCUUCGGGGGUCCACCGUCUCUGCUGUGGUGCAAUCCGUUCACCGGCCUGCGUCUGCGCCGCCUGCUGGUGUUGAGCCACGCUCGGCGCGGCGGCUCUGAGUUUUCUGUCUGACAGACGCGACGGGCCGAGGCAGAUGGACUACGCUGGCUGCGUCUCAGGCUAAGUGUCUUCUUUUGCCCCUCUUCAGCUGGAGCCGACACGGACCUCCUCUACCUGAGGCUGUGCUUGUAGAGUGGGUGUCAUGGACUCAGGCUGCCACAGUGGGACCCCAGAGCAUCACCACAAACACUGACAGUUUGUAUUCUCACUAGCAGACAUACAGCCAACAUCUGUGGUGUUGUUUUACAGGAGUAUCCUCAGCAACUGGAAUGAUUUUUCAUUACAUGAGCAGAGUUUUGGGUUGACUGUGUGUGGUUUUUUUUGGUGUUUUUUUGGUAAAGCAUGUCGAACACUGUUCAUCCAACCUGAACAACGCAGGCUGUGAUUUUUUUUUAUUUAUUUGCUGCACACAUGAGAUUCAAAAGCAGUAUUGGGAUUUUUUUUCUUUUUUUCUUUGAUGUGGAGGAGGAGGGAUCAGAAACAUAUCUAUUAGCAUCCCUGGAAACAGAUGAGGAACUAAGCGGGGAAAUGCUUGAGACCUCGACGAGGCAAUCGCAGUCAUGGACAUGCAGUACUUAAAAAGUACUCAAGAAGAGCCCAGAUAUGGAGCGUAGUGGACAUCACAAAUAGAACUGAGCUGCCUUCAUUUGCAUGUACAACAGCCCAAUCAGUCCGCAGCUCAGCUUGGAAAUGAGGCUUUCAUCAUCUUCAAUCUAUUGAGCAGGCUACUGUGAACAAAAGCCUUAUUCUUAUUCAUGAGGACUGAGUGGAUUCUCCUUUGUGUUCAUCCCCUUUAUUGUGUGCUUCUUUUCCCCUUCUAUGAACUGAAAUAGUUGAUUUUUGGAUGAUGGUCAUCCAAAAAUCAGCUAUGUACGCCUAUCACAAAGACCACUCCUCAUAAGGUGACUAUGAUAACCCUGUGGAGAUGAUUAGUAUAUUUGGAUUUAUUUUCUUUAAAAGAUUUGUGUUAAGAAAUCUGGCAUAUCACAACUCCACCAUGCUGCUUUCCACUCCGACGUUUUUAAAAUGACAGACCACUGAGAUUCGUCCCGUUUUUCUCUACAGUCAUUAUCAUCCUCCAUGUAUGUUUCCUCUUACAGGUUUUUUUCUCCAUGCCAAAAAACUCACGUUGUCAUCAUGUAAAGAGGGAUUCUAUUUACAAGAAUAUUUGACUAUAGCAUUAAACCCUGACAAGCAGUCUGAGACCUGGUUGCUUUGCAUGCUCCUUGGUAACCAUGUGGUGGCAAAUUUUUUAAUAGAAAGUCUUGGAAACACUAACACAAUGUUCUUUUUUUUUCUGGCUGUGAGCUCAUUCUGAUCCACAGAACCAAGGUCCUAUGUGAAGUCAGUCUGUAAAAAGGCAGUUAGCUGGCUAAUUAUAUGAGCUUUAAUACAGAACAAAGUCCGAAGAGCUCAACAGAUGCUUGUGACGUCUUUUCUUUCAUUCACACAACUUUCAGGUCCUUUACAUCUGCUGGCAGGGCAGGGGUGGACACUUUCCUUAUCUUAUUUGAGCACUUAUCCGAGCCGUUGGAAUCCUGCACUCAAAUGAAUCGGCUUGAGAAAGAUUGUGACUUUUGCCACAUUUCUGGCCAUGCCCAUCCUAAUGUUAUGUUCUUUGAGUAAUGGGCUUGUUUGAAAUUAUUAAAUGUGACUUUUUUUCUAUCUAAAGUUGGCAAUUACAAUAGUCAAAUCUAGACUCCAGUCUCAUCUCUCAGUAUAAAGCUGUUUGUUCUUAUUUGUGUCUGUUAGGCGAUUAAACCAUCUAUUGUUUACACUAAAUUAUGAUAUCUGAUGUUCCAAGGUUCUGGUGUUUUUAAGAAACAUGCUGUCAUUAGAAUGUAAAGCCUAUCUCUCUGAGGACUAUGGGUCAGAGCGUUGAGGACCAUCCUACAUCAGGAGAUUUUAUAAAUGCUGGUUACUGUGCUGGACUGCAUCUCUGCUGCUUUUAAGUGUCAUACUUUGCUUUUUUUUAGUGGGUUAAUUACUCCAACGUGCUCAAUAAAAAUGAGUCGCAUCAGAUAUGAACUUAAGUCGCAUUCCUGUGCAUCGCUGAGGAAGAGAGUGUUUAAAACUUGUCAGAAAACAAAGAGAAAAUCCAUGCUGUACAAGAUGUCCUUUGAAUAUAAGCCAACAUCCAGAGGACUUGGGUUAACAAGUCUACUUUAGUUGUUUUUGUAUUAAGUAGGGAGAAAAAGCUUUUCAUUACAGAUGGGCAAACAUUGCUGUGUUGACCGGAUAUGGAUGUUAGACGUUGACUGGUGUAAUAUGGAGAAGCUUGUUUGGUGUUUUUGAAAAUAGGAUAGUCCUGUUCCAUGACAGCACCUGGUCUUUAACUAAGAUUCUGUUACAGGGUGUGCCGUCCUACAAUCAAGCUCUGUAGAUAAAUCCACACGAUGAUUUUUAAAGAGGCGGCUGUAUUUUUCAUCUUUGUACAAAAUUACUUCAAAAGAUUCAGUCACCUUUAUGAGAUGAUUGUUGGACAUUAUGAUACAACACUAUGAUGUUGAAGCUUUUUCUCACACUCUCUUACAGUCAAAGGGGCAGAAUGUCUUUGAAGAGCAAGCUUUGGUGAUGUAUACUACAUAUAGGUGGAUUUUCAACAGAUUUAUCAUUAAUAAAAACUCAAAAGCUUGAGAAAGAUAUGGUUUCCUAAUUUCCAGAGAGAAUGUCCCUGAGCUUUAUAAACAAAAAUAUAAAGGCUACAUAAAUAACAUAUUAAUGGAAUGUUUUCAUUUUUUUCUUUUAAUUGUGUCAAAUCUUAUAAUUGUCUAAUGUCAUUCUUUUACAUAAUAAACUUGAAUAAAUUAAA